CGGAAGGCGUGAAAAUACAAUUUCAUAAGCUAAUGCCACUGUUUGCUAGCACGAUUAUAGUGUACGAAUUAUCUUGAUUUUUCGCUAUUUGCCCAUACACUGUUGUAAAAGGGUAUUUUUGGUAGUUAAUUUAACCCUUUCACUAUAGCUAGCUAGCUAACUUGAUUUUUUGAUUUAGUCUAUUUUACCAAGCGAACUGCGGUGCAGCCAGCAACCAAUAUGAACGUUGAUACUCCACAGCCAGUCAUACCAGGGGGCUCUUCUUCAAUUUCCUCGACAUCCAGUAAUUGCAUCACUAACAACAAUGCAGCAACUAAUGUCAGCAGUAUCCCCUCGGUUGCCAUAAGUAAUGCCCCAACCUCGGCUACCAUGGCCACACCAUCAUCUGACACAUCCGUGUCCAACGGUGUCUAUGUUCCCAGUGGCAUUGCCAACGGUGAUGUGAAGCCUGUAAUCUCCACCACACCACUGGCUGACUUUCUCAUGCAAUUGGAGGACUACACUCCUACAAUCCCUGAUGCAGUGACAGGCUACUAUCUCAACCGGGCCGGCUUUGAGGCGUCUGAUCCGCGAAUAAUCCGUUUGGUCUCCCUAGCAGCUCAGAAAUUCAUCUCAGACAUUGCUAACGAUGCCCUGCAGCAUUGUAAAAUGAAGGGCACGGCCUCUGGGAGCUCCAGGAACAAGACAAAGGACAAGAAGUACACAUUGACCAUGGAGGACCUCUCCCCUGCUCUGUCUGAGUAUGGCAUCAACGUAAAGAAACCUCAUUACUUCACAUAGGAUAUUGGCAUAUGCAGUAUGGCAGCUUCUGCUGUUUUUGUGCCUCAUAAACCCCUUAUGAUGGUCAUUUAGGAUGGCCAUGGAAUAUUAAUUGCAGUCACUCUUUUGUUCUGUUUUUUUUUUCUUCCAAGUAGAGCAUGCUUUACUUUGUUUGAAUUUGAGCUUGUAAUAUUUUAUUGAGACAAAUAAAACGUUCAGCAAUUACUUA